UCUCAUUUUUAUAAAAAAUGUGUGUGUAGAAAAAUGUCUGGAUUGAAGACCUCAAUGGCUGAAGGCGAGAGGAAGACAGCCCUGGAAAUGGUCCAGGCAGCUGGGACAGAUAGACACUGUGUGACAUUUGUAUUGCACGAGGAGGACCAUACCCUAGGAAAUUCUCUUCGUUACAUGAUCAUGAAGAACCCGGAAGUGGAAUUUUGUGGUUACACUACAACCCAUCCUUCAGAGAGUAAAAUUAACUUACGCAUUCAGACUCGAGGUGUUCUUCCAGCUAUUGAGCCGUUUCAGAGAGGCCUGAAUGAGCUCAUGAAUGUCUGCCAACAUGUGCUUGACAAGUUUGAGGCCAGCAUAAAGGAGUAUAAGGACCAAAAAGCAAGCAGAAACGAAUCCACACUCUAGACCCUUAUGCAAUGUACAGGAAGGAGCAUCCUCUAGGAUAUUGCCUUCGCGAUCUUGGCAAAACCCAGAAGUAGAAGUUUGCGAGUACAGCACGAUCUGUCCUUCAGAAAGACCUGAUUCUAGCUAGGAACCUAUGACAGCUGUUGGAAUCCCUCCAAGAACCUUUGUAUUCAUCUAAUAAAUUCCCACUUAUAAACAA